AUGGUUGUGAUGGUGAUGGUUGUGGUGGUGAUGGUUGUGAUGGUGAUGGUUGUGGUUGUGGUUUUGAUGGUUUUGGUGGUUGUUGUUGUGGUUGUGGUGACGAUGUUGGUUUUGGUGGGUGUUGUGGUUGUGUUGAUGAUGGUUGUGGUGAUGGUGUUCGUUUUGGUGGUGGUGGUGAUGAUGGUGGUUUGGAGGUUGAGCUUGAUAUUAGCAGUUAGACCUUCGUACUGCCGUAGCACUGUGAGCGAUAUAGCGGGAUUUGAGACUGCGCCCGGUGGUACCAAUCUCGUCUCCUUGCAGGAUGGAGCAUCAGUCACGAUAAGCUUGGUGUACACAGACGGAAGCAACCCCACACUUGGCGCGCAAUAUGACACCGCCGAUGUGGUUAGUGGUGGGACGGUAGACACAACAGGAAAAACAGCAUCACUUGUCAUUGACUCCAGCGACAAUACCAAAGUCCCUUCUUCAUUCGGAACCUACCUCCUUACACUCACGCUGUCACCAGAUUCAGGUGCUGCUCAAGACAAGCAAAUUGUUAUCUUCUAUGAGCAGGCCAUCACCGGAUUUCAGGUUACCGUUGCUAGCGAUGUCGUAGAAAUCGGAGUGCCAUUCAUUUUUACAUGGGCUCUGACUGCCGGUAGUAACAUUGAAUUAGAAUGGUUCCUAGAUGAAAACUCCACUUGCCUAGAAGAGUACACCGGGACAAUUACUACCGCCGUAAGAAAUCACAACUUUUCCACUACUGGAGUACAGAACAUAACAGUAGUUGUUGCUAACACUGUAAGUAGGACAUUCACCAAUGUCUUAAUGACUUCUCAGUAUCGAAUAGGCAACAACGACUUCACAAUCACGAAUAACGAAGGCCCUGUACAAACGACAGAAACCGUAGUCUUUACAAUUAACUUAGACCCGGGUAUCACCUCCACUGUAUAUGGAAACAUUCAAAUGGAAGUAAACUACAACGAUAAUAGUUCACCAACAAACACGUCCAUUUCUAGUCUCUUGUCGACCAUGCAAGGAUCUGGCCACACCAUCAGUCACGCUUUUGCAGUUCAGGGAAACUAUACAGUGAAUAUCAGAAUAUUUGCAGAACUCAAUUCUGUAGAGUUUGUGAAUUACGUGUAUGUAUGGGACAGUGUAACAGUCUGUCUGUCUAGUGACAUCACAAAUGCACAAACAGGUGAAACAGUCACAUUCACUUUCAGCAAUGUACCAAGCUCCGGAUUUCUAUAUAGUAUAACAUUGGGCGACGGAAGCCCUGAUUUAGAAAAUUCAGAAUCUGUGUUGUAUCUUCCAUAUUCAGCAGACUCAUUAACACACUCAUACUCCAAUCCAGGGACAUUCCUUGUUGUCAUGGCGGCGUGGAAUAGCUUCUAUGUCAGUAUCUGUGAUUUUAAUAUUACCGUACAAGUUCCGAUACCAACAAUGACCCUUUCUCCUACCACUGACGUCAUACCGUAUCCAGAUGGACAGCUGGAUUUCGAGUUUACAAUGACCUCAUCCGGCCCAAAUCCAACUGAUGUAACAUGCGAUUUUGACUACGACGAUGUUCAGUACAUGAAUGAAAGCAUAGAAAUAUCUUUCGGAACUCCUUUGGAAAGGUCGAUCAAUUUCAUAUCAGCUGCUGUGAAGACUAUAAACUAUACUUGUUGGAAUCUUGUUUCAAAGGAUACUUGGACAGCAACCAUUGAUGUCAAGUCAUGGACUCUGAAUGAAUUCAAUAUAUCUCAUUUAGAGAAGGUUAGUUCGAACAUGUCUGCAGUUCUUGACUCUAAUGGUUUCCUGCAACCCGUAAGUGAACCUACGGUAGUGACAUUCUCUAUAUCUUUACUAGGCUGUUCAAGACCGCCCAUUGGUAUCACAUUUGUCUGGGACUUUGGGGACCAAACGCCUACUGAGACAAAAUCUCUGACAUCGUGGACUCCAGUAACACACAGUUAUGCCACAAGAGGUACAUAUUCCUUAAGUGUCGAUAUGACGUCGACCAAUCCUGCGACAACUUAUUCUCUAACCGGACAAUCAAUACAGAUCGGCAUUGGCGUUCUUACCGCUGAUGUAUAUCUAGGUUUCGUUGGCAGCACAACAGUAACGUUAACGGUUUCAGGACUAGUCAGCAACGCGGACAUUACAAUCUAUGCUGGUGACUCUUCUUAUCCAACGCCAAAUGCUUUAACGGCAACAGCUACUCAUCAGUACAACGCCUGGGGAUCUUUCCUUCCUUAUGCUAUAAUUACCUCAGGUAGUGAAAGUGAGAUAGCGUACUUGAUUAAACCAUUUCUGGCUGAACGACCAUUAGAUGUGACGGUGGAGUUUUCUAAUCUUACCGUACCUUUACCACCUGGAACACUGUUGAUGAAUAUUUCGCUUACAGGGACUGAUGAUUUACCAAUGGUUUUAUGUAAUAUCAACUAUGGUGAUGCCAUCGAUAAUGAUUGGCAUUUAUUUCAACAUAACAUUACAAGUUCGUCCCCUCUUUCGCUAAACAUCACUUACUUGACACUCGGAGAACAUACCCUUCAAGUUAACUGUUCGAAUUUCAUUGACAAUUUUUACAAUGAAACUGAUGUGUUAGCUAGAAAUCCAUGUUUUAGCUACCAUGGAAUGUUUAUUCGUGAUUAUGCUGACCCGGAAACGCCAAUGAAAGCCUUUACAUCCGUUGACACGGAUCUUGCAAACGGGAUGGCGGUCGUCUGCUACUGGCUCAAUCCGGGUUACAUAUGGACCUUGUUAAGUUGGGAAAACGACAUUACUUCUCCGACUGAUUAUUUGGAUACUUUGGCAACGCCACCAACGGGUUCGUUGCGCUUUGAAAGAGGCAGAUUACCACCAGGAGUGUACAAAGUAUGUCUUAAUGUAACACUUGAAGAUACUUAUGCCUACGAAUGUACCUUUUUGGGUUUAACACGUCCGUCCCCAUACGCUUACAUCAUCGGCGGAGCAGCCAGAACCGCGAAAAAGACUACUAAUUUAGUUGACGCUUACACUGACAGUUACGACCAGGAGGGAGGAUAUGGUCAAAGAGAUGGCCUGAAUUUCACCCUCAGCUGUUUCAGGUUUAACGAAACAAAGGAUUGGAUUUUGAAUCAGUUUGACAUCGACGGUGGAAUUGCAGCUUUCUCUAACGAAUCUUCAAUAAAAAAUGGCACUAUUUUUGACCACGCAAAUGCUUGUGAAUCAUUUGUUGAAAUUUCCUCCGGAAAGAUGGAACUCGAUGCUAGCUCAAACGAUUAUAGGGCAUAUUUCUUUAUCCUGCGAGUAGACCUUGACCAAGCUGAAUCUUCCUACUUCACCCAGGUCAUGGAAGUAAUGGAUGGCGAUUUUCCUUUGGCUGACAUUAAGUGUGUAUUGAAUUGUCGGGUCAAGUUAGCAACACAACUGAAAACAAGUUUGAAAUGUGCAUGUGCUGACUGCACGCCCGAAGAAAUACCAAAUCUUUCAUGCUCAUGGGCCGUUGAAGAGGUAUUUCCAAACGGCAGCAGUAUAGCUAUCCCAGAUUUAAACAGCAUGACGGAAACAGGAACAAAUGAUCACUCUUUGGUGAUUAAACCGAAUAUGUUUGAACCCGGCGCCUCUUAUCAAGCAGUUGUGGCGAUGUCCUUACCAAACAGACUCAAAGUUGGCAAAGCCGUCAAGCCGUUGAAAGCCAACCUCCCGCCGUACGGAGACGGUUGUUCUAUUAGUCCGUCAGAAGGCUAUGCCAUGAAUGAUAAGUUCGAUGUCACGUGUUUAAACAUGAAGGAUGAAGGCGCUAAUGAUGAGCGAAAUCCCAUUGAGGAUACAAAACAGGUGUUGACAUAUGAGUACAUUGCUGUAUAUAAACGUUUGGUUAACGGCGUAACCGAGGAAUCACAGAUUCCCAUCACAAAGGGAAACGCAGCCGCAGCCAGUCAACUGGAUUUGCAAGUAGGGAGCCCCGAUUUUGAUUACAACGUCACUGUCGCUGUCCAUAUCACGGACUAUUACGGAGAUAAGACCGUGGAUAUGGCGUCGGUUGCAAAGGUUCUGCGAAACGAGUCGAUGGUUCCCAGCGGCCCUAACGAUACCGGUAUCAUUUCCGAUCUCUUUGGCACCUUUAACCAAUCCAAGCAACAACUGUAUGCUGCCGGUAACCAAAUAGCAGUCGUCGGCGCUGUCAGUGCUAUGGGUUCUUUCAUGAGUUCUAUAGAUGCAUCUGCAGGUGGACUCGUGACUGAUAUGUUAACGGAGAAAAAUCUCGAAUUGAUGAAUAUGCUUAACGAUGCUGUACCAAAUGGCACUGUUCUAAGUGUUAGUGACACAGGAAACAUCUUAGGUGGAGUGAAAACAUUGCUUUCAAACCCUGAUAUUGUCAGUGAUGAUACUUUGGGAUCAGCUAUCAACACUGCUCAAAAAUUGUCAGCAUCUCUUGAAAGCAAAAUCAGUCAAAAGCCUUUCCCAAUGGAAGACGUUACCAGUAUGCAAGCAGUCAGUGAAAGUCUUCUAGAUAUUGUAAGUAGUACUUCAAAGGGCAUAACACCGUCAAUGGUGGUCGACCUAAACGCCGAAAUAACCUUAGAGUCUGUGCGCGCGGAUAUGGAAUCUAGAUGGGAUUACAAUAUCAGCACAGAUCCCAUAUCAGAAGAAGAACAGGCAGAACGAGAGCGGCUUGUACAAGAGGAAUAUGAAAAGAGGACAGCAGCAAAAGAAGAGACAAGUACAAAGGCCCGCACGGGCGAGACUGGGGUACCCGAACUUUUUGACAUCCUUUCUAGAGUGCAAGCGUUACUGGCGGCGAUGAUCCUACCUGGAGAGUCUCCCUCUGUGAUCGAACGAGAUAACUGUGUAAUUACAACAGAAAAGACGAGACUGAAGACAUUGUUAAAUUCCACGACCAUGAACAAGACCGGUUUCGAGCUUGAUUUUGGAAACUCAAGUCUAGACGGUUUCUCAGAAGUGCAGAUAGAAACAUCGUCUUUUGAUGGACUUAUUCAUUUCUACGGAAAAAAUGCUGAGGGUGUUACGUCAGGGGAAUACACUGUGUCUUUAAAAGAUGAAAAUGGAACAGCAAUGGCAUUAAACACGUCACUGAAAAUAAAAAAUAAGGGCGAAGGUGUCCAAUUUAAAAAUCAUAUGCCUAGGACGAGCGAAGACGGUCUACUACAUUUCGUAUAUGAACAAAGAUAUAGUGACGAUGCAGCGUUGAUCUAUUUUCUUCCUAAAGACUUCAGCUUUGCCGACGUUUCUUCGUUCAAUUUGUAUAAUGUCUAUGUACGCUGUAUCGACUUUGCACGAACAGACCUGUAUGACUACAAGGUCUCCAUGAAUGUGCGAGAUUGGGAAGACAUUUAUGGUUUUAAAGUAUUCAUCCCACAAAGCAUAUGCGAGAAGGGAAAAACGUAUGUGGGCCUGGAACCACAGCAAGACUUUAUCCCGCCACCUCAGUCGGACAGAAUGCGAAGAAAACGAAGUGCCCCUACAGCCACGACCACAGAAGCACCGUUUGAAAUGGGCACAGCCAAUUUUAGCCUCAUUAUUUUGACAACUGGGUGUCGCAGUUGGGACAAUGCUAACAACAUAUGGACUUCCCAGGGUUGUAGAGUUUUGCAACUGUCUACCCUAAAUGAGACCGUCUGUCAUUGUCCGAGUUCUCCGGGGAAUACCUUUUCCACGACGUUUUACGUUCCUCCAAACACAAUCGAUUUCAGCACAGUUUGGUCUAAAUUCGAUCCAGCAAAUGCAUCAGUGUAUGGUACUGUCAUAGGCUUACUAGUCGUGUACGUCAUCGCAAGCGUGUUAGCCAAUCGAGAAGACAGGAAGGACUACAUGAGGUGGGCGACUCAUUUCCUGUGCGACAGUGACAGUGAGGAUCGAUAUUUCUACCUAAUCACAGUUCACACUGGCCUACGGCGUGGUGCUGGCACAAAGUCAUUGGUCAACUUCGUCCUGGCCGGAGAGGAGAUGGAUACAGGUGUCCGAAUCUUGAGUGAUGGAGAUAAACAGGGUUUUGAAACGAGCAGCGUCAGGAAGUUUUUCAUGGGGACCCCGGAGCCCCUCGGUGAUCUUACUUAUCUUCGAAUCUGGCAUGACAGCUCAGGUCGAGGGGACAAUAAGUCCUGGUAUCUUCAUAAGGUCACAGUUGACGACCCACAGAUUGGUCAAAGGUAUGUCUUCCUUUGCGACAAAUGGCUGGCUGCAGAACAGGAUGAUGGAAUGGUGGAGCGUCUCCUUCCAGUCUGUGGACGGGAUAACCUUCUUACCUUCGACAAGCUCUUUUCCCAACAUGCUCGAUUCAAUCUAACAGAAAAUCACUUGUGGCUUUCCAUGUUGAUGCGACCCGAGAAAAGUAGCUUCUCGAGAGUACAGCGUCUAUCAUGCAUACUCGCUCUACUUUUCCUUACAAUGAUUUCAAAUGCUAUGUUCUUUCGAUCGGAAAGCGACGAAGUCAGUCCUGACUCUGUAUCAAUCGGAUUCAUUCGCUUUUCGCUCACUACUGUCUAUGUUUCUUUCAUUGGUAUCUUAAUUACAACACCUCCUAUUCUGCUCGUUACUUACAUCUUCAAAAAAGCGAAACCGACUUAUCCAAAGCCAAAGAAAUUGUCUGAAAAGAAAGAAAAAGAAGUUCGCAACAUAUUCCAAACAAAGACCAUUAUCAACCAGAAUGAACACUUCUCGGAUUCACAGUUUUAUUCUGUGGAUCAUUUGCCUCUUCCGGCUUGGUCCCGAUAUAUCGCCAUAACAAUUGUUAUCCUGGCUGUUGUCACUUCAGCAUUCUUCCUAAUUCUAUUUAGCAUGGAAUGGGGCAAAACCAAAUCAGAGGAGUGGUUGACAACAUUUGUAUUUUCCUUCGUUGAGUCCCUGCUUCUCGUCGACCCUUUCAAAGUGAUCAUGAUUGCCGUGAUCUUCGCAGUUCUUUUCAAAAAGCCUGUUGAUGGAGGAGGACCACAACUUAAAAUGGACAAACUGAGAGAUGCAGCAAAAACCUUUAACGCUGGAUCUUCCAGAACAUAUUUAUCUUUCCGAAUGGAUGUGCUGUCAAGCAAUAGUCCUCCGUCCGCUGAAAUGCUCGAAAAAACAAGGAUACAGCGAUUGAAUGAGUUAAAAGCAAGAGAAGUUUUCAUGGAACUUCUUCUCUAUGGUAUUUUUGCAUUUGUCAUAUACAGUAUUAGCUUCGUCAACCGUGACCAGAGAUCGUACAACUUGAAGACUAACAUUUAUGAUUCUCUGGUUGCUCCUUCUAAGUCACACUUGGGCUUUAGUAAGGUGGAAGAUCCAAUUGAUUUCGUCAAGUGGAUUAAUGAAACGUUCUAUCCACGAUAUUUCCCAACGUCGGAGUAUAAUGGUGACAAGUUAGAUGAAAGAGAUAAACUCUACUUCUGGGACUUGGAUAAUACACGCAUAGGUCCGCCAAGAUUUCGACAAGUCCGUAUGAAACGAGGUGGGUGUCCAUAUGAUAAAGUCACACCUGGCAGAGACUGUAUCCCAGGCUACGAAGUUACAUCGGAGGAGGACAGAAAUUACUGUGUUGGAUGGACAGAGGACUUGCCAACCGCUGGAUGUACCAGCAACCAGCUCUUUACACAGGACGCCUGGCGAUACGAGCAUUCCGAGAACAUUUGGGGUGUAGCUAUUGCUGGCAAUUUUGACGUAUACGGUGGAGGUGGCUAUAUCUUAAAACUUGAAAAUGAUAUUACCAAAGCAAGAAUAAUUUUGGAUGAGUUGCAGAGAUACAAAUGGAUAAAUCGGGAAACUAGGGCAGUUUUCCUUGAGUUUACCUUAUAUAAUGCAAAUACCAACCUUUUUGCAUAUGUUAUAUUCCUGGCAGAAUUUACGGAGCUUGGUGGACUUGUAACGUGGAGUGACAUUUACUCCUUCCGUGCAUAUCAGCACACAGGCGCCCUCGGCACGUAUGCAAUGCUUUGCUAUUUCAUCUACAUGAUUGUGAUGAUAUACGGGUGUGUUAAACUGAUCCUCAAAUUCCGAAAGGCUGGAUGUUUGCAAUUUCUUAAAGAUGCUUGGAACGUUAUAGACACCAUCUGCACCUUGCUCAGCUUUGUCGGUGUUGUCAUGUGGGGAUUAAGGUAUUCUUAUUCAAAGCAGUCCUUGAAAGUCUACUACGAUGAUCCAACCGCCUUUAUAAACUUCCAGCAUGUCGUUAUCUGGGACAUUGUAUUUAAUGUCAUCACUGGUAUACUAGUAUUCAUUGCAACCAUACGAAUAUUACGCAUCCUUGGGUACAACAAACGGAUGACACAAUUAGCUGCUGUAAUUUCAAACGCUGCCAGUGACCUCGCAGGAUUUGGUGUCGUAUUCGGCAUUGUAUUCUUUGCCUAUGUAUCGUUUGGUUAUCUUCUGUUUGGUAUUUACAUAUACGAAUACAGAAAUCUCUUCACGUCACUUGGAAGCUUAGCAAACGCUCUCAUAGGAAAGAAUAGUCUGGAUUCCAUGAUAAGAGCGGUACCGAAUUGGUCACAGAUGUACUAUUUUACCUACGUCUUUUUCGUCAUUCUUACCUUGAUGACCAUGUUCGCCGUCAUCCUCAACCAAAGUAUUUCAGAGGUUCGAGCAGACCUUAAUAAGACCCCUCAGACGUAUGGAAUUAUGGAUGUCCUUGGAAACUCCGUAAAAGACAUACUGGGAAUGGCAUUUAAGAUGAAGUCAAAGGAAGCCCCAGAAAAAGAGAACGCGUCGAGGAAAUAUAUGCCUGCUGUAGGGAAAAGGCCACCGGAAAUCGAUGCCCCCAACAUUCUAAGACUAGUUAGGGAGACGUUCGGUGAAAGCUGGGAUUCAAAUGAGGAGCCACCAGAUGAGGAAGAAUUAAUGAGAAGAAAGAAAGCUGAGGAGCAACUCCUUAUCCUUGAUUCAUAUCUUCACCCAAAGCCAGGGGCUAAGGGAGGCAUGGGUGGAAAACUGAAUCUUCAUCGCCCAGAAACUCCUGCAGAAGUUCGUUUGACAGUGGAGACACCUGUUGUCGACCAGGAUCAGCUUUACUCAUCGUACCUGUGA